AUGACGCGCACACGACACGGCAAGAAGACGCACCACGCACGACGCGACGUCAAGCGAGGCAUGCGAACGCGCGCACGUAAGCUCGACCCGGACCAGAUCCAGGCGAACCUCAACAACCCCCAGAGGCUCGACGAGCUGCAGAAUCCCAAGGAGCUCGACGUCGACAAGGCGGGUCUCGGUCUGUUCUACUGCGUCGAGUGCGACCGCAACUUUCCAUCCCAGAAGGAUCAGCUCACGCACAUCGCCUCCAAGCUGCACAAGCGCAGGGCGAAGAAGAUCACCGAAGAGCCGGCAUACACCAUCGAAGAGAGCUUGAGGGCCGUCGGCAUUGGAAUCGACAACAAGCAGCGUGCCAAGCCUGAAGCGGCAAAGGAGGCUGCUUGA